GGGAACUCGGCGUCGCGGGAGCUCUCUGAUCCACUCAGGGGUCAAGGCAUCACUGGUUUCUCGUGCGUGUGACCAGGUUUCCGGCGCCAGGGCCUUUCCGAAGCGUCGAGCGGCCUAACGGUCACAGCUGUCGCCCAUCGGGGAGGCAGGACUACUGCGAGCAGUUUUACCGCGACCUCCGGAGGCCGGCGUGACAGGCUCUGUCGCUAAAAUAGGUCUGUCCAGUCGUACUUUUUCCUCACCUUGAGCUUUCCUGUCACGGGAAUACACGAUUUGGCUUAGGGGCUGGGGCUCUCCUGAGGAGAGAGGGUUUGCUUUGCGGGGAAGAGCGAGUUUUGCACUUCGCAGCCUCAAAUUUCAGCCGCGGUGUGGAGGGGGCUGCUUUGGGUGGUCCCCAAAGCCUUUCCGGAGUGCCCGCGCGUGUGAGCUUUUGAGAUUUGACAAUUUGUGAAGUGCUUGGUGCUGACUUUCGGGGAUGACAGGAUCCUUUUACAGUCGUUCUCCUAUCAGGGGAGGCAGGUGGGGAGCGAGGAAGGAUCCAGACUUUGUUAACAGAGCUUUGAGUUUAAAGAAUUGACAAACUCCGGAGUUGAUUUCCUGUCAGACCUUUUGCGGUUGAGACAGAGUCUGAGGCUUUGAUGGUAACCGCGAUUGAUUAGAGACCGUGCAACUUCGCUGUUUUAUUGUAAAUACGUAAAUGAGAAAGAAGAGAAAAACGUAGGGUGUCGGGAGCAGAGGCGGGAGUCGGGAGAUCCUGCGAUAUCGGGGUCCCUGUGGAGCGGGGGAGGCCGUCGAGGCGUGCGAGGGUCCGGCCCCGGCCCCCUUGCCGCGCGGUCGUUAACAGGAAAGGCUCUGAUUUGGUUGGUGGCGGAUCGCGUCCCUCCCUCCUCUCCCCGACUUUCCCCAAGUGCGGCAAACUGGCUUCAGGUUGACUAAAAGAGAGCGGUUUUCCGAGCAGCUUUGCAGCGCGGUGUUUUCUAAAGCGGGCCGUGGGCUGGGUGCCCUUUUGGGCCUCACUUGUCCGGCCUGCGGCAAGUGCUGGGCGAUGGGAUACGGUUCUGGCGGCAAUGGAAGGGCUGCCUUGGAGAGUCUCGCAGGAAGAUUUAGAAAGUGAUUGUUCUUAAAACAAACGGAGCGGUCUGGCUGUUGUAAUUGGCCCCGUUUUGCUUGUGUUUCUCAAAGUGGUCCCGGCGUGAGUGGUGCUUCAUUGUGAGCUGUGCCUUAUCUGAUGAAUUAAUGGCAGGUGAAAGCCUUGAGCCUCCAGAGCGAAUAGUUAACGACUUUUGAAAAUGUCUUUAAUGUCUAAAAAAGUCUCUUAGAAAAGCAGACGGCCUCUUGUUCUUAUGUUAUCAAGAGUUUAGAUUUCUGUGAUAAACAUAAGUGAGUUUCAUUUUAAGUAAGCUCAUUUUGCGAGAUUUGAGAUUUGAAAGUGAAAUUAAUUAAUUAUGCACAAUCUAGCCUUGGGCUCUGAGAAGAUGUCAAGCUGUAAUUAAUCUUGUGGGACGAAGUGAAAAGGAACUAAAGUGUAUGGUAUAAUGAAUAGUUUAAAUUUCUGUGGUAAAUACAAGUGAGUUUCAUUUUAAGUAAUCUCAUUUUUACAGGAUUUGAGAUUUAAAAGUGAAAUUAAUUAAUUUUGCACAAUCUAGUCAUGGUUGGGCUCUGAGAAAAUGUAAAGCUGUGAUUUAUCUUAUGGAAAGAAGUGAAAAGGAAUUAAAGUAUAUGGUGUAAUCAAGAGUUUAAAUUUCUGUGGUAAAUGCAAGUGAGUCUCAUUUUAAGUAAACUCAUUUUUACAGGAUUUGAGAUUUAAACGUGAAAUUAGUUCAUUUUGCACAAUGUAGUCAUGGUUGAGCUCUGAGAAAAUGUUGUAAAGCUGAAAUUAUAUUGUGAGAAGAAGUGAGAAGGAACUAAAAUGUGUGGUAUUAUCAAGAGUUUAGAUUUCCGGGGUAAAUAUAAAUGAGUUUCCUUUUAAGUACGCUCAUUUUUGUGGAAUUUGAGAUUUAAAAGUGAAAUUAAUUUUGUACAAUCUAGUCAUGGUUGGGCUCUGAGAAAAUGUUGUAAAGCUGUAAUUUAUCUUGUGGGAAAAAGUGAAAAAGAACUUAAAUUUAUGGUGUUAUCAAGAGUUGGCCAGGCACGGUGGCUCACGCCUAUAAUCCCAGCACUUUGGGAGGCCAAGGCGGGCAGAUCACUUGAGGUCAGAAGUUCAGGACCAGUCUGGCCAACAUGGUGAAACCCAGUCUCUACUAAAAGUACAAAAAUUAACUGGGCAUGGUGGCGCACGCCUGUUACGCUAGCUACUCAGGAGGCUGAGGGAGGAGAAUUGCUUUAACCCAGGAGGCAGAGGUUGCAGUAAGCUGAGAUCAUGCCCCUGCACUCCAGCCUGGGUGACAGAGUAAGACUCUGUCUCAAAAAAAGAAAAAAAAAAGAAAAGAAAACAAAGAGUUUAGACUUCUGUGGUAAAUAUAAGUGAGUUUCAUUUUAAGUAAACUCAUUUUGUGGGAUUUGAGAUUUAAAAAUGAAAUUAAUUUUGCACAUUCUAGUCAUGGUUAGACUCUAAGAAAAUGUCGUAAAGUGUAAUUGUUUACCUUAAGGGAGGAAGUGAAAAGGAAUUAAAAUUUGUGGUGUGUCUACUGUGAACCAGGCAUGAUGCUGAGAGUUUAACUGUAUUUUUGGCCUAAAUAGCCCCAUGAAGUAGAUAUUUUUACAACUUUACCGGUUAGAAAAUUUGAGGCACAGAGAGGUGAAAUAUUUGCCUAAAGUGAAAUGGCAAAUUUGGCAAUUUGGACUUGGAUUCAAGUGUUUAUAACUAUAGCCCAGCUCCUUGCAUCAUGCCCUGGUACCUAAAAGACAACAAUUCAUUUCAGGUGCAAUGUGAAUAAAAAUUACAUGUUAUGACCCAGGCUUGUUGUCUAUGUGCUCCUUGAGACAUAGUUCUGUUGGAUAGAUGUGGUCAAUACUCAAAAUUUGAGUAUUGCUGUCUUUGCCAUGCAUUACUCUAAGCACUUGAUAUGUAUUAGUUCAUUUAAUCCUCACAAUUCCAUGAGGUAUGUGCUAUUAUCAUUCCCAUUUUACAGACAAAAAAAAGCACAGAGGAUUUAAGUAAGUUGUUCAACUUAUUUACACAGCUAGUAUGUGGAGGAGGUGGGACCCAAAGCCAGGUAUUCUGACCACAAGCCUAAGGUCUUAAUGCUGCUUGAUGCUGCCUCUCACGUAACCAGAUAUGUGUGACAGUUGCCGUAGAAGUAUUAAAGUGUGAGUGUUCUUGUAGUUCAGGGAAAGUCAUGUCACAUCCACAUGGGAUGAUCAUUGGCAUGGUGCCCUUGCUUUUUGGAGGUGAAACUUGAGUUAAGCCUUGAAGUUGAAUAAGUUCUCCUAGGCGGAGAUACAACAGGGUAUUAUGGACGGAGGGCAUAAUAGGAGCGAGAAGAUCAAAGAGUGCAAGAUUGGUGUUGAUUUGUAUAUAUACCAGAGAUGUAAACAUGUUGGGAGUCCAGUGGUGGACUCACUGCACAGUGCUCCUGUGUCUAGGGAGUUCUCUGUUCUCUGGAUGUAAGAGCUUGUAACCAUUGUCUGCAAACUUGCCUGAAACAGGCUACAUAGUAAAUAUUUUAGGCUUAGAGCUGCCCUCCCUAACCUUUUUGGCACCAGGAACCGGUUUUGGUUUUGUAGAAGACAAUUUUUCCACAGAUGCAGGGACGGGGGAGUGCUAGCAGGGUAUGGUUUCCUAAUGAAACUGCUUCUUAAGGAGAGUGCAACCUAGAUCCCUCCCAUGUGCUGUUCACAACAGGGUUCAUGCUCCUGUGAGAAUCUAAUACUGCAGCUCAUCUGAUAGGAGGCGGAGGUCAGGCGAUAAUCCUUCCUAGCUCCUGCUUUGCUCCUAACAGGCCAAGGACCAGUACCAGGCGGUUGCCCGGGGGUUGGGGACCCCUGGCUUAGAGUAAAGGGGCAAGUGGUAAGAAGUGACCUCUGUGCAGUGGGCGGGGUCCUGAUUAUGGAAGGACCUUGCAGGCCAUGGUGAGAGUAUGAAUUUUACUGUGUUAUUGAUAGCAAAGGUAUUCCAGGUGAUUUUAAUAAUGAAGUAAAGUGCAUAGAGUGUGGUGGUAGACUGCACCAUUUACUAGCUAUGGGACCUGGGUAAAUUACUUAAAUCAAGUUUGUCCAACCCGCCUUAUUUUGUUGUUGUUGUCAUUGUUGUUGUUCUGUUUUGUUUUAGGCUUUUGGCAGCCUGAAGCUAUGCUUUUUAGUUUCUGUCUCUAGGGAUAAGUGGAAAAGAGGGAUGAGGAAGGGGCUUUACUGGCCCAACCAGAAACAAACUAAGAACCCAUGACUGUAUUCUCUCCCUUGGACACCUCUAAUAAACGUUCUUUGCUUCAGUUUCCUCAUAAGGAAAAUGGGGACAGUAAUAGAACCUAUCCCACAGGAUUGUCAGUAAUUUAGCAAGAUAGAAUACCUAAUGAAAGAAUCAAAAGAAAGUACAAAUUAAAUUAGAAAUAAAAAUUUAAAACUGUGGCUUUGCUAAAAAUUCUGUAAUUAUGAUGAAAUGAUUAUCCUUCUGGAUAAAAAUAAUUUGUCAAAACAACUCAAGAAAAAAAUAGGAUAAUUUGACUAGAUCAUCAACCAUGGAGGAACUUAGAAAAUGUUAUAAAAACUGGACCCAGAGAGUUUUUUUUAAUAAAUUCAACCCUUUAGAGCACAAAAAUUCUGGUGUGAUGUAAACUUUUUUAGAGUAUAGAAAGAGGUGAAAGCCUUCCCAGCUAAUUUUGCAGAGAAAUUUUGAUACCAAGUGUUAAUAAUGUAUCAAUACAAUACUGAUUCAUUAAUUAUGAGAAAUAUACCAUCUCACUAAUGUAAGAGCUUAGAAAUAGAGAUGCAAACAAUUUAUAAAUAAAACACCAAUAAAUUGAAUGUUGUUCUUUAUAGUCAGCUGGACCCCUCACCCCAAGAACAUUAAGAAAUGUAUUAAUAUGUUGCAUCAGUAGAUCUAAGGAGAAAAGUCACUUAGUCAUCUGAUGCCAAGAAGCUAUUUGGUACUAUUUACUAUCUGUCCUGGUUUUAAAACUACGUGCAGGACCCUACCUUAGUUUAUUUUGGAACAUCUGGUUGACCCCAACAGCCCUCCUUAGUGGGAAGAAGUAGAGGAGGAUUUUCAAACAUGGAGACCUACUCAUUGUUUCUACCUCUAGGAAUUUAUCCCAUAGAACUACUUGCACAGGUGCAAGACUGUUCUGCAGUGUUCUUUAUAAGAGCAAAACUUUAGAAGUAACUUGAAUAUCUAUGAAUUGGGGGCUGUGUUUAAUAAAUCAUGGCAUAUUUACAAGAUAGAACACCAAGAAGUCAUUACAGUAACUACAGUAGACCUAAAAGUAUUGGUUUGGAAAGACUCUUUCCACCACAGGUGGUUUUGCCUGUUUUUGAGUUUAAUAUCAAUUGAGUAAUAUACUGUACUCUUUUGUGUCUGGCUGUUUUUAAACUCAAGGUUAUGGUUGUGAGAUUCGGCCUUGCUGUGUACAGCAGUAGUUGGUUUAUUCUCAUUGCUGUGAAGUUCCUUUGUAUGAAUAUACCACAAUUUAAUUACUGAUAGCUUGUAUAAGUUUUAUGGUCAGAAAACUCAGAUAGUUUAAAAAGUGAAAUUUGAUUGAAGUUACAGCUCCAAUUAGAGGUAUUUUAUAACUUGAUACUUUUAUGCAACAUUAGUCUGCAUUUAUCUAACUCGAGUUAGCUCUCCCAUCUUCUUUAUCCCCUUUUUAUUUCUCUCUUUUGGGUUCAUGGUCAUUAGUAUCUCCACUACAGAAUGAAAGGGAAACAGGAAAGAGAUGAAACCUGAAUCACUUAAUUGUGCCUCUCAUUACUGCUCUGGCUCAGGAAGAAUAAAGUGGGGUAGCUCUUUCAUUAAGGUACCCUUCCCAGUAACUGUGAUGCAGACAUUCAAAGCAAAUCUCUAGUACAAGAUAUAAUCUGAUACUGUUGCAGCCAAUGUUUUCUAGUUCCGUAGUUAAGUGGCUCAAAGCCAUAACCAAAUCUUCCUAAUUUUAGAUUGUUUGGCUUACCUUUCACAUCCAUUUAUUUAGGUUUAAUAUAAAAUUUAAUAAGGCAAUCCUAACUUGAAAGUUGAAAUGGACCUUAGAGAUCAUCUCAACUGGUAUUCGAAACCUGGUGGAUGAGGAGGUGGUGUCUCUCGUGGUCGGCCCAGCCUACAUAGUGGUGGGGACCCAAUCCAGAAUAGACUCCUGGCUUACAUUUUGGAGGCAAUGCUUUCUCCUUAGUCAAGAGCCUUUUGGAGCUCAUUUACAAAAGCAGUUAGCCCUUGCUUGUUCAUUUGUUUGCCCUUCUCUUGUUCAUUUGUUUCCAGCAUUUACUCUGUAGGCUUUAAGUUACUAAGCAGUUACUUCACAGUUUGUAAUUGUGUUUGAUUUGAUUCUUAUUUCUAGUCAUGGGCAAUAUAGCCCUUCAGUUUUAAAAGAUUUAUUCUAAAUUGGCCAUGGAAGAAUUCUGGUUGUGUCACUCUCUAAAAUUCAACCCAAAGUCCAAUUCUAUUUGAGUUAGCAUUCUGAGAGUAUAUCCAUAUUAUUAAGGUAGUAAGUGUAUGAAGUAACUUUUUUAUGCGUUGCUUUUCAGGAGUAGAGGUUUACCACUCUUAGGUGACUAAGCAGUAUCACAAAUAAACCCUCCAGCAAGUUUAAAAAUAAUUAGGUCCAACUCAGAGGAAGUGGAGUUUCUCCUGUUGCACAAAAAUGAUGUCUAGCAGCUCCAGUGAAAUCGAUGUGGUAAAAACAAGAAUACCUACUUAUGAUGAAGAUGACGACACUAUUUUUUAUGCAUAUGAAACAAAACCUGAUUUUGUCAAUAAACAGGAACCGAAAACUGUAUCUGAUGCAUCCUGUAAUACUGAAGAGCAACAGAAGACAGUUAAUGAUGUCAUUAUCUAUUGCCAGGUUAUAUAUGAUGCUAUGCAAAACCUGGAUAAGAAGAUUGAUGUGAUUCGUAGAAAGGUUUCAAAAAUCCAACGUUUCCGUGCGAGAUCCCUGUGGACAAACCGUCGAUACGGAUACAAAAAUUAUUCUUACCAGCUUGCUAAAAAGCUGAAACGCCAGAAAAUGAAGAAAAAUGAGGUUCACGAGUCAUUCUCCUACCCUGAAAGUUAUAGCCCCACUUUACCAGUGUCAAGGCGUGAGAAUAAUUCCCCGAGCAACCUUCCAAGGCCAUCCUUUCGCAUGGAAGAAUACCAGCCAGCUGAGCCGGAGGAGGACCCGAUCCUCAGCCGCACUCCGAGUCCAGUGCAUCCCUCAGAUUUCUCCGAGCAUAAUUAUCAGCCGUAUUAUGCAUCUGAUGGUGCAAUGCAUGGUUCUUCUUCAGGGCCCUGCCUUGGCAACCCUAGGGCUAACAGCAUCUACAACACUUACUCGACUCACCAUGCUUCUGCAGCACAACCUUCAGUUACAAGCUCACCAUUUGAAAAUGACCGUUAUAUAGAGGAAGGAAGCAUCACUAAGCACCCUUCAACCUGGUCGGUGGAAGCUGUGGUCCUGUUUCUAAAACAAACAGAUCCUCUUGCAUUAUGCCCUCUUGUCGACCUCUUCAGAAGCCAUGAAAUUGAUGGGAAGGCUCUGCUCCUACUCACCAGCGACGUGUUGCUGAAGCACUUGGGGGUGAAGCUGGGAACGGCUGUGAAGCUAUGCUACUACAUUGACCGACUUAAACAAGGAAAAUGCUUUGAAAAUUGAAAAAAUCCUUGUGCAAAUUUAGAUUGGGCCAACUUCUAGAGGGACCAAUGCCUUCUUAGUGUAGAAUCAUUUUUCUACCCUUUAGUCGUUUUUGUUUUGUAGAAAGUAUCACUCAAAAUAUAUCAUAGCUAGAAUUGUAGAACUAUGUUAUAGUCCAGUCUACUUCUUUAAAAACCAUUUAACUGCUAGAUAGUAUUAGAAUAGUCCAAUAGGAAAUUCAUUCUUCAUAGGUCUUUAAACAUUACUUUUAUUAUAUUGUUUACAAAUAUAUUUCAUGCAAGCAACAGAAAAACAAAACCAAAAAGCAAAAAAACCCUUUGAUUCUGGUUCAUCUCGAUACAGAGAACCAAAACAGCUAAGAGAGGUAUUAUCAGGGGUUGACAACUUCUAUGAUUGAAUCUAUGGGAAUUAUUCCCCAGAAGAGAAUUUAAAGGUAUACCCAUAGAUAUCUCUUUCUGGAGUAUUUUAUCUGUCUGAUGUUGCAGUGUUCUACCAGUUUCCAGAAAGAGAAUAGCCAUAUAAAUUCUUUUCCUUUCUGCUAUUAUUUCUCUAUAUGUUUUAUUUAUUCAGAUUUAGAGAAAAAAAUAAGCUCAUAAACUUUUAUUAAGUGCUCCUAACAGUUUUAAGAUAAACUAUAAGAUAGAUAGAAUGGUUAUUUUAUGCAAGAAAUAUUGUACCGCAAGGGUGGUUUGGAUGAAGUCUGACUACUUUUUUUCAAACAAACUAUUACAUUAAAACUUUCAUAUUUUGGCUAAGUUUGGACAUAUAACUACACUUACAUUGUUUGCAUCUCUCUAUGAAGAUACCUCUGUCCAAACUUUUAAAAGACAUAACUUUAUUUUAUGUGUUUAUUCUUUAUAUAGAUAGUAUUUUAUAUUUUAUUCUCACCUAAAGUAUACACACAAGUAAUCUUUUUUAAAAAAAUUUAAAAUGGCAUUUUGUAUUGCCACAGAGGUGGGAUGAGCCAUAUAUUAGUGAGAUGUUUUAUUUUGUAAAAUGUAAUUGGAUUAUUUGCCAUCACUAGUACCUCUCAACUUACUUUUUAGAGGACAAGAAACAAUCUGUAGAUUGGUUUCCAUACAGGGAAGUUCUCUGUCCUAUGCAAUGUUUCUAAUUAAUUUGCUUAAUUCUGAGCCAUUAAUCCUGCUACACUUUGAAUGAUACAUUAAUUCAGACUAAUCUUUGGGGGCUUUAUUUUGUAAGUUAGAACUUCCAAGGGAAACAUGUUCAACACUAUUAUUUUGUUAUAAAUUUAUAACUUUGUUAUUACAUUGUAUAACAAAUACAAGGUUUAUAAGCUAUGAGAAUUGGUGCUAUCACCAUUAGCUAUUCGUUAUAAAUGUCAAGAAAAUGUUCACCAGGUGCAAGAAUGUACCUUUUCUUUUUAGAAAGCCAGAUGUACUUUAGACAUGAAUGCAGCUAUUUAAAGAAUAGCUUCAUCUAUGUUAUUCCUUAUAUGUCAUAAGAUUCUUACUUAAACUUGGUCUUCUUUCAAAUUGUUUGUAUGAAGAUGCUGUACCCACUUGAACAGUCCUCAGGUGUUUACAUAAAUACUAUGUUUUACAGUUUUCAUAUUUUAAAAUAUUAAUAAAAUUAAAUCACAGUAGUUCA